AUGUCGUCGCUGAGGCAGACUCUUUCUCUUUCAUUUCUCUCUCUCUCUCUCACUUUCGUUGCGCGAUUUUCUCAAUCCCACAAUUCAGUAUGAAAGGGAGAAGAUUGAUGUAACGUUUCGCCUCUGAUAAUUUGUGAUUUCAGAUUCUAGGGUUUCGAUUCCUCUAAUUUCUCUUCAGUUUGAAUUACUGUGGAAGUCUACCUCACUAGGAUUUGGGCGAGUAGAGUGGGAUUCUACUGGAAUUUGCAGUUUCCGAUAUCUAAGGAUUCUGUUACAAGUUCCUGAUUGUUGGGCUUUCUCAAAUCUUAGCUGAAGUGGUAGUUUGGGUCCUCAGUCACAGCUUUACCAGCGUGUCUAUGGUAUGAAGGGUAUCAUUUACUUGUCGGAUGCCUUGGAAGUGUAACAUCUGCUUAAUCAUCCGUUUUCACGAAAUAUUUUCUCCUGCAGAGUGAGUUCAAUUUAGAGUCGCUUCUUUGCUUCAUCCACAUAAUUUAGGAUAAAAGCCAAAAAUGCCUUCAUGGUGGGGGAAGUCGUCAUCCAAAGAAGUUAAGAAGAAAGCGAGCAAGGAAAGUUUCAUUGAUUCAUUACACCGUAAGUUUAAGAAUCCACCUGAAGGGAAAGUGAACUGCAGAUCAGGAAGUUCUCGUAGACGUGGUGGUGACACUAUAUCUGAGAAGGGGUCUAAAUCACCUCUAUCAAGAUCACCAUCACCUUCCAAAGAAGUAUCUAGAUGUCAAAGUUUUGCUGAAAGAUCACGUUCUCACAAACUUCCACUUCCAGAUUUGCACCGCGUGGGUAUAAGUCGCACAGAUUCUGGGAUUGGUGUGACAGCAAAAUCUAAAUUAGAGAGAAGUUCCAAGACAUCUUCAUUCCUACCCCUCCCUAGACCUGCAUGUAUUCGAAGUAGGCCAGGGCCUGCAGAUUUGGAUGGAGAUUUGGUCACUGGUUCAGUCUCUGGUGAGUCCUUGAGUGAUAGUGAUGAUCCCAACGAUUCACGACAACGUAGUCCUCGGGCAACAGACUUUAACAUUGGGGCUAGAACUGUGAUAGCUUCUACUGAACCUAGUGCAACUGUCAAAGAUCAGUCUCCUACUGUCGUGCAAAUACAUUUAAAAGAGGGGAAGAAAGCGGAAAAUGUUCUUUUUCCUCAUAAAAGUGCUUCAAUACCCAAACGGAGGCCUUUAAGCAGCAACGUAACAAAUCUACAAGUUCCUCGCCAUGGGGCCUUCUUUAGUGCUCCUGAUAGUUCUAUGUCUAGUCCCUCCAGAAGUCCUAUGAGGGUAUUUAGCACUGAGCAAGUCGUGAACGCUGCUGUUUGGGCUGGAAAAUCUCACCCAGAUGUCAUUUUAGGUGGAUCUGGCCAUUGUUCGAGUCCUGGUUCUGGUCACAAUUCAGGGCACAACUCUAUGGGAGGUGAUAUGGCGGGCCACUUCUUUUGGCAACAAAGUAGGGGUAGCCCUGAAUAUUCUCCAGUACCUAGUUCUAGAAUGACUAGCCCCGGCCCUAGUUCCAGAAUUCAAAGUGGUGCUGUCACGCCUAUUCAUCCUAGAGCAGGAGCUCUACCUGCUGAGUCACAAACAUGCUGGCCUGAUGAGAAACAAACUCAUCGUUUGCCUCUUCCUCCCAUAGCAAUCUCAAACUCUUCACCGUUUUCACAUUCAAAUUCCGCAGUGACAUCUCCUACAGUUCCUAGGAGUCCAGGAAGGACAGAGAAUCCAGCAAGCCCAGGUUCACGCUGGAAAAAGGGGAAGCUGCUGGGUAGGGGAACAUUUGGGCACGUAUAUGUUGGUUUUAAUAGCGAAAGUGGAGAAAUGUGUGCAAUGAAGGAGGUCACGUUAUUUUCUGAUGAUGCAAAGUCCAAGGAAAGUGCUAAACAAUUAAUGCAGGAAAUUGCUUUACUGAGUCGUUUGCGGCAUCCCAACAUCGUGCAGUAUUAUGGUUCGGAAACAGUGGGUGACAAAUUCUAUAUAUAUCUGGAAUAUGUAUCUGGUGGUUCCAUUUAUAAAUUACUACAAGAAUAUGGACAAUUUGGGGAACUAGCAAUUCGUAGCUAUACUCAACAACUGCUAUCAGGACUUGCAUAUUUGCAUGCUAAAACUACAGUGCACAGGGAUAUUAAAGGAGCAAACAUACUUGUUGACCCAAAUGGACGUGUUAAGUUGGCGGACUUUGGGAUGGCAAAGCAUAUCACAGGCCAAUCAUGUCCACUAUCAUUGAAGGGCAGCCCUUACUGGAUGGCACCUGAGGUCAUAAAGAACUCAAAUGGUUGCAACCUUGCUGUUGAUAUUUGGAGUCUUGGAUGUACCGUUCUGGAGAUGGCUACUACGAAGCCACCCUGGAGCCAGUAUGAAGGGGUUGCUGCGAUGUUUAAGAUUGGUAAUAGCAAAGAACUCCCGGUAAUUCCAGAGCACCUCUCAGAUGAUGGGAAGGAUUUUGUGAGACUAUGUCUGCAACGAAACCCACUUCAUCGACCUACAGCUGCUCAACUCUUGGAGCAUCCCUUUGUCAAAUAUGCUGCGCCUGUAGAGAGGCCUAUUUUGAGCUCUGAACCUUCUGAUACAACUCCUGGGGUUACAAACGGAGUGAAGAUUUUGGGUAUUGGUCAAUCACGGACUACUUCUGUGGACUCUGAUAGUAGACUUGCAGUUCAUUCUUCAAGAGUCUCAAAAUCUGUUCUUCAUGCCAGUGAAAUUAAUAUUCCCAGAAACAUAUCAUGCCCUGUUUCACCAAUUGGAAGCCCUCUUUUGCACUCGCGAUCACCUCAUACCAGUGGAAGAAUGUCUCCUUCACCCAUAUCAAGUCCACGAACCACUUCGGGCUCAUCCACACCUUUGACAGGAUGUAGUGGUGCAAUUCCUUACAACCACUUGAAACAAGCUAUAUACUUGCAAGAUGGAUUUGGAAGCAAGCCAAAGUCCUUAAAUAGCACUCCGUACAGCAGCUGUAUAUCCUUCCAUGAUUCAAAUCCCGAUAUUUUUCGAGGGUUGCAGCCUGGGGCUCACAUAUUCUCGGAAAUGAUACCAGAAAAUGAUAUCUUGGGAAAGCAGGUCGGACGGCCUGCUUAUGGUGAAUUGUAUGAUGGACAGCAGGUCUUGGCUGACCGAGUGUCUCGACAGCUCCUGAGGGAUCAUGUUAAAACAAACACCUCUCUUGAUUUGAGUCCUACCCCCUCGACGUCUAGCCGCAUGAAUGGUAUCUGACUCCAAAUGCAUCCACCUACUAGAGCUAGUUUUCAGGAAUAAGAAGCUUUUUCUUUGGAUUGGAAGGGACUACUACCUUAUCACUACUGCCAAGAAAACGUUAUUUAAGAACGGAGGGGGCGGGCAUAGAGUAGACUAAGGUUAUGAUUUUUUAAGGAUAUCAAGUGGAAGUAGCUGGUAUAUGAAGUCUUCCACCACGGAAUCAGUGGAGAUAAUUCUUUAUACAUUCUAAUUUUUGAAGGAUAAGAAGGCUCGUCUGUGUGGCUGAAUUAACACCUGGCUCGAUUUGAUCGGCAAUGACCUUCGGUAUCAGUUUGUACAGUUUUCAAAUGUUCGAUUUAUCAUCUGACCAACUAAUCUGAGAUGCAAAUUUUUUAACGUUGUUCAUGCUGGAUGACUUCUGAUGAUCCAAUGUGAUAAAGAGGUUACUUGAGAUAGAGAGAACUACCCGCGGGUAUCCAUGGAGUUCCUGAACUAGGAAAGCAUUUACAGAAGCUACAAAUGUACAUUUUUUUAGAUCAUCAUAUAGAAAGCUAAAGGACCAAAUGGUAAUUACUAUCCCUGAACCUCAUCCUUUCAACCAAAAAGAAAAAAAAAAAAAAAAAAAAAAAAAAGGAAAGAAAUCAUGCUGUACAGUUGUUGAAGGAGUGAUCUGGCUUUAGCAUCUGUCAGAGUAUUAUUGAGAGAAUCAGGAAUUUGUACAGCACAUGGGAUUAAAGUUCGUUAUAGUGAUUUAUGGAAGUUCAGGUAUGACUGUCAUUUUAUGUUAGUUUGAA